AUGUAAGUUUUUCCAUCACAAUUAAAAGAGAAUGAAAAUCUGAAUACUGAAAGCAAGUAUGAUAUAAAUAAUAAAAUAUGUAGUUAAAUAAAUCAACUUUCAACUUCAAUAGGUCUAUAGUAAUAGCAAGAAGAGAGUGAAGAUGAAAUAAAGUCUGUAUUUCAUUUAAGUGUAGUAAUGGUAGCAAUUUAAAGUGGAAACUUUUCAUUGGGCUACUCGUUAGCUUAUUUAUCAUUAUCGUUCACACCAUUAUUUUAAUAAAUGUAUUUAGAUAUCUAAAUAAAAGCACGUUGCAAGGUUCUGAAAUUGAAGAAUAAGGAUUGUUUAGUGCAGUAUUAUCAAUAGGAUAAAUUUUUGGAGCAGUAAUCAGUUAACCAUUAAUAAAAUAUACAACAAGAAACUAAUCUUUAUUGAUUUCAGAUAUAUUUGGUAUAUUGAGUAUUUUGUAAAUAAUUCCAAAUAGAGAAAUAAUACUUGCUUUUCGUUUUUGUUUUGGUGUUUGUUUAGGUAUUUCAACAAUAAUAAUGCCUCUUUAUUUAAAGGAAUUAUGUCCUUAAAAAUAUUAUGAACCUUUUUCAGUAAUGGCUGGGUUUUUGGUUGGUGGAGGAUAUUUAUUUAUAACUAUAUUAGGUUUAGGAUAUAUGAAUGAUUAAUUAAAUGAUUCAUAAUCUAAUUAUUGGAAGAUUCUUUUUGGUUUUCCUUCUUUACUACAUUUUUGUAGGUCAUUUAUUCUUACAUUUAUAUAUAAAAUGGAUAGUCCAAUUUGCUUAAUUAAAAGGAAUAAAGAUUAAUAAGCCUUAUAAAUAUUGAGAGUAAUUUAUCAACAUUAAUUUAUUGAUUAAAUAUUUCUAGAAUAUAAAUAAGGAGUUCUAAAGAAUUUAUAAUCUAGAGAAAGCAUUUUAAGUAUAUUUACUAAAAAACACAGAACAACAGUUUUUAUUGGUUGUGUUUUAGUUUUUGUAUAUACUUGGUCUGGCUUAUUUGCAUUAUUUUCUUAUAGUUCAUAAAUAUUUUCAGAAAUGUCAUAAAAUGAUAAUAAAUUAAAUGCAAUAUUUAAUUUAAUUAUUGGAAUAGUCUAAUUUGCUCCUGCUUUUAUAUCUAAAUAAGUUUAUUCAAGAUGGGGUAGAAGAUAACUCUUAUUAUUUGGACUUAUUGUACUAAUUUUAUGUUAGAUACUUAUAAUUGGACUUAGCUAUUCUUCUACAUUUUCUAUCGUUAUCAUUUCAUUUAUCGUUAUCUGUUUAUUUUCAUUUCAGUAUGUACUUACUUUAGAACCAAUAACAUGGGUAUAAAUGUAUUAAUUUAUUAAGUCUAUGAUUCCUGAAAUCAACUCAACUGAAGGAACAUACUUCUGUUUUGUUACUCUCUAUGCUUGGUAAUUACUUGUCUUAUAUAUAUUUCCAUUUAUGCUAAAUUCAUUUGCUAUGAGCGGAUCUUUUAUCAUCUUCUUAAUUUUAACUUUUCUCUCAACAACAUUCUUUUAUUUCUUUGUUAAAGAAACAAAAGGAUUAACACAUAAAGAAGUAGAUAAACUUUAUGGUAAAGAUUGA